UUUUUUCUCCUAUUUUGCCGUUCCCAUUCUUAACAACCAUUCUUAACGUUGACAACUAUCAGUUACUUUUUGUUUGAUAUAAUUGGAUCACUCAAUGAUUAGUUUUUGAUAAUUUUUCAGAAAAAUAAUAGAAAAAAACUGAAAUUUCCAUUUCUGUAACCUCAUCUUGCAUCUUCAAGUAUUAGUUUAUUUAUCUGUUUUUCACAGUUUUAGCAAUUCAAGAAGAAUAAAUAAAGAAAAGGUUAACUUUUUAUUUUUUUAAUUAUAUUUUAGGAAGGAACAGAUAUAGAUAGAGGAACAAAUCUAAAAAAUUAUGAUGUCCGAUCUUUGAUUUAUUAUCUCUAAUUUUUUUAAUUAAACAACAAUGUGGAGGAGAUUAUGGUCGGCUGCCGUUUUCAAACAGACUGCGUCCGCGGCGGCGGCAGUGGGGAGAACGACACCGUCAUUGCAUACGGCACCGUUUUUUACAGGAACAGGAUGGAGGCCGGUAAUUGAACCUCUUGAAAGAGGAGUAGGAGGGAUGACGUUGGCUGUCUUAUUUAGCAAGUCAGUUUUAAUGUCGACAACGACGACGACGACGACAACGUCGCCAUCACCGUCGUCAUCGGAGGAGGAUUCUAGGUUUCCUUUUUCUGGUACUGCAGAGAAAGAUAGCAACAAACAGGAAGGAGGCGGAGGAGGUGGUACGGAGAAUAUAACGUGUGCAGAGGUGAAGAGAUUGAUGAGGCUUGUGAAUGUGGAGGGAUUGAAAAUAAAAUUGGGAAUGGAAGGGAAAGAGGUCAUCCCUUAUACUGAUCUAUUGCAGGCUUGCCAAAGCUUGGGUGUAGCUAGAUCUCAAGAAGAAGCUGCAGCUUUUGCACGCGUCCUUGAUGAGGCUGGGGUUGUACUUCUCUUCCGGGAUAAGGUUUAUCUCCACCCCGACAAGGUGGUAGAGCUGAUUAGAAGAGCAAUGCCACUUGCUUUUACUCCUGAAGAUGAUCCUAUGAGGGUUGAGCUAAGGACACUGCAGGAGAGGAAAGAAGAAAUUGACAUACUGGCACAUAGGCAAGUUAGACGCAUCCUUUGGUGCGGGCUUGGGAUAGCUUUGGCGCAUAUCGGAUUAUUCUUUAGGCUAACAUUCUGGGAAUUUUCAUGGGAUGUAAUGGAACCUAUCUCAUUUUUUGCAACAACAACUGGCAUAAUUGUCGGCUAUGCCUACUUCUUGUUCACUUCAAGAGAUCCCACUUACCAAGACUUGAUGAAGAGGCUAUUUCUCUCCAGGCAGAGAAAAUUGUUCAAGAAACAGAAGUUCGAUGUCGAAAAAUUCAAGGAGCUGCAAAAGAAAUGUAAGGUACCUCUGGAUGCAUCUACCUCUAUUAAAAAUCGCACGGGGUUGGAAUUGGACCUGGAGGAUGCUAUCCAUAAGUACUAAUUUUUUCUUCUUAGGCGGUACUUCUUUUUUUUUUAUUUUCUUUUAUCAUUCAUCAGAAUUUAACACGGACUAGAUAUCUGUCCUUCCUGUUUUCAUCUUGGUUGGGCAAACAUUUAACUCUUCCUUUUUACUUGCAUUGUUGCAGCUUUCUCCAUAACAAGAGAAUUGUGCUGUUUUGUUGAAUUAUGCUUUCUCCAUAAUUCAUCAGAAAUUACAGUUGCUAAGACAGAUUUAUAACAGUAUUGAUGUGUCUGGAUACUCUCCAAGAGCACCAAUAUACCAUCAAAUUCUAACUUAAUAGCAAA